AUGAAAAGCAGUCCGACGCGUAAAUAUGAAAAUUUCUCCGACCACCAAGCUAAAGAGACUGACAAGUAUUCCCUAGACAGCCAAGACACCGCCAGUCUGCAUUCGAAUACGGAGGAAGGUCGCCGCGGCGGGGAGGUGAGCGCGGGCGCCGGCGACAUGUGGAUCAGCGCGGUUGAGAGUUCCAUCCUAAGUUGGGAGGCGGUGGCUGAACGUCUACAAGUGGACGUUCGCAGGGGAUUAUCAUGGAGGGAGGCAAACGAUCGUAUGAACUUUGUGGGUCCCAACGAGUUCCAAGUAAAAGAAGAGGACCCACUAUGGAAGAAAUAUAUCGAGCAGUUUCAGAAUCCUCUCAUAUUAUUGUUGCUUGGUUCCGCAGUGGUCAGCGUGUGUAUGAAACAGUUCGAUGACGCCAUAUCCAUCACUGUAGCGAUCAUGAUCGUUGUGACCGUUGCCUUUGUGCAGGAGUAUCGCUCGGAGAAGUCGCUCGAAGAACUUAACAAACUGGUACCACCGUCAUGCAAUUGUCUUCGCGAAGGCAGCUUAGAACAUUUCCUCGCACGAAAUCUGGUACCCGGCGAUAUAAUACACCUUAAUGUCGGAGAUAGGGUGCCCGCAGACUUGCGAUUGUAUGAAUCGACGGAUUUAUGCAUCGACGAAUCUUCCUUUACUGGUGAAACUGAGCCGGCAGUUAAAAGUGUCUUACCGAAUAAAGCUUCCGCUGGACGGGUUAAUAAAGAUAACAUCGCGUUUAUGGGCACCCUAGUUAGAUGUGGAAAUGCAAAGGGUAUUGUAGUAAGCACUGGGGAACGUUCGGAAUUCGGUGACAUGUUUCGUAUGAUGCAAGCUGAGGAGGCGCCCAAAACACCCCUGCAAAAGUCCAUGGACACCCUCGGCACUCAGUUGUCCAUGUAUUCUUUCUGCAUCAUAGGAUUUAUUAUGUUGGCUGGAUGGUUGCAAGGGAAGGCUAUACAGGAGAUGUUCACUAUUGGUGUUAGUUUGGCGGUAGCUGCUAUACCUGAAGGUCUACCGAUCGUAGUGACAGUGACUUUAGCUCUUGGUGUGAUGCGUAUGGCGAAACGUAAUGCGAUAGUGAAGAAGCUGCCCACUGUAGAGACUUUGGGCUGUGUCAAUGUUAUAUGCAGUGAUAAGACAGGAACAUUGACAAAGAAUGAGAUGACAGUGACUACUUUGUCAACAUCUGGUGGGCAUAUAGCUGAAGUGACGGGUGCAGGGUACAGCGCUCGGGGGGACGUACAGCUGAGGGCGUACAAGGGCCGGGACCUGGACGUGGCCAGGAUGGGUGUUACCAGUAUGUUGGAGGUGGGUGUUCUAUGCAAUAACGCGGUGAUUCGCGACGACACUCUGUACGGGCAGCCCACGGAGGGCGCGCUGCUGGCGUGCGCCAUGAAGAACAACAUGCACGACUUCCGAGAACAGUAUACGAGACUCAAUGAAAUACCUUUUAGCUCAGAAACAAAAAUGAUGGUGGUGAAAUGUGCACCGAAGUUCAACGAUGCGAAAUUGAAAGAGGAAUUAUUUGUGAAAGGUGCCAUUGAAAAAGUUUUGCCCUUGUGUACUAAUUACAUAGACAGUUCUGGAAACUACGCGCCUAUGACCAAAGAGAAACAGACGGACUUCUUGAAUGAAGCAUACAAUAUUGGGAGGAUGGGUCUCCGUAUAAUAGCGCUGUGCCGCGGCGCGCGGCUGGACGCGCUGACGUACACGGGCGUGUGCGGCGUGUGCGACCCGCCGCGGCAGUCGGCGCGCGACGCCAUCGCGGCGCUGCGGCGCGCCGGCGUGCACGUCAAGAUGCUCACCGGGGACGCGAGACCCACCGCGCUCGCUGUCGCACAAAUGGUGGGUCUGGACGUAUUGCACUCGCAGUCCUUAUCUGGUGAACAACUCGACACGAUGUCGGACGACGAUUUGGACGCCAUUAUUGAUUCUGUCACAGUGUUCUACAGAGUAUCACCAAAACACAAGCUGGGUAUUGUCAAGUCCCUACAAAGGCUCGGAAAUAUCGUGGGCAUGACAGGCGAUGGUGUCAACGAUGGUGUGGCUUUAAAGCGAGCUGAUAUAGGCAUAGCCAUGGGAAAUGGCACCGAUGUGUGUAAGGAAGCAGCCGAUAUGAUCUUAGUUGAUGACGAUUUCGCUACAAUUAUCUCAGCAAUAGAGGAAGGGAAAUGUAUAUUCUACAACAUACGCAACUUCGUCCGUUUCCAACUGUCGACUUCCAUCGCGGCGCUGUCGCUGGUGGCGCUGGCCACGCUGCUGGGUGUUCCCAACCCGUUGAAUGCUAUGCAAAUAUUGUGGAUCAACAUCAUAAUGGACGGUCCGCCGGCGCAGUCGCUGGGCGUGGAGCCCGUGGACCGGUCGGUGCUGCGGCGCGCGCCGCGCGACACGUCGCGCCGCAUCCUGUCGCGCGCGCUGCUCGCCGCCGUGCUGCUCUCCGCCGCCAUCAUCAUCGCCGGCACGCUCUGGGUCUUCAACAGGGAGAUGUCGGACAAUAAAAUAACCCCCCGGGACACAACUAUGACGUUCACGUGCUUUGUCCUAUUCGACAUGUUCAACGCUCUCUCCUGUCGCUCGCAGUACAAGAGCAUAUUCCAGAUUGGACUGUUUUCAAACAAGAUGUUUUUGAUCGCAGUCACAUUGAGUCUCGUUGGGCAGAUGCUGGUCAUUUACUUCCCGCCUUUGCAAAGAAUUUUUCAAACUGAAGCUCUCACUGGUCAUGAUCUCAUAUUCCUAGUCUGUCUCACAUCGAGCGUGUUCAUAGUGAGCGAAAUAAAGAAGCUGAUAGAGCGCACACUGAAGAAGCGAUCCAGUGGAAAGUUCUCGACGAAGCCACACGACGCCCUGGACUUUGUA